GGGAUCGUUGGGGAGGCAAAAGUCGUCUCAUUCGCGAUACGUUCAUGGCUGGCCGUGACGCCUUCCAUCAGCUUAUAAAUGCACCGGACGACAAAGCUAAAUGGAAGCAUCAGGCUGAUGCACGCACCACUUUGAGAACAGUGGUUGUCUACGGACUGGAUGAUCGCCUUUCCCUUCCUGAUGAUGAGGAAUUGCUUUGGGAUGGUGAUCUGCGCUGGCGUCACAGUGAUGGGCAUGAGCCCGGCUGUCAAGAAUUUGACUGGGUCAUAGACUACCUGGAACUCUCUGCACCCACAAAACCCGUGGAGGCAGCCAACAAUGGGACAAAAAAUGACAGCCCCACGGAGACAGCAGACGAUGAAACAGAUGGUGAUGCUUUGCUUGCACUGGGCGCCAUGCGGGGACUAGGCAGCACUGCCAAGCGACCUUCCUACAUUACGUCGCUUAUCCGUUGUAUGGGCCCCGCCAGACCUCCCCGAGUCCGGCAUGCUGCGCUGAGAGCUGUUUCUGAAGCUCGAGGAGAAUUAGCUUCUAUCACCAGAGACUCGAUGCCACAGGGUGUCGACGUGAACCUCCUGGAUACGCUUUCUCGCGCUAUUUUAACUGUCGUAUGUCCAAAUCGUGACCAGACAGACCACGGCAGUGGGCCCGACGCCAUAUUUCACAAGAAUAGAAACCUCUGCUACUUCCGCCUUAUCUCUGCCCUGACAAAGAGCGACGAGUGGUGUCAACGUCUGAUCCGCGAUGGCCAUCUCGAGUGGUGCAUUUCUCUGGUAGAUAAAGUCUCAUGGAUUGAUAACGGAUACCACCUUCUCGUGAUCUUCGGGCGCAUCGGUCCUUUUGCCAAGGAUCAUCCUUUCAGCACUGCUCAGCAUACGUGGCAGGGACGCAUCGACAAUACAUGGUUUUGGGCAAGCCGGUCUUACUCUGAGAUGGAUGACGAAUACGUCGAUGCAAUACCAGCCCUCGUAAUAGUGACGAGGCUGAAUUUUCUAGGCUCAGAUAAUAGUGUUUCAAGCUGGACUUUAGGACGUCUCGCGGAUAACGUGCAUGGGGCUUUGGCCAAGUUGCAGGAGGGAGAAGCAACCAAUAGUAUAGCUCAUGCUACAGUUGUCACUGCAAUAUCCUCUGUGCAGGGCUUGUACGACGAUCUGCGUCGUGAGAUCGACGACCGGAAUGCCUCGGAAAGGGAUAAUAGAGCUUUGGGGUCGUAAAGGACAUGCACCUGCAGCCAAGUACUUUUACGCGUUUGUCACUGUACGCACGUCGUGAUUUAUUCCUAUGCUUAGAUCCCU